AAACCCUGACUUCCGGCGGCGUUUUGAGGCGAUCCUCCUAGCGGCCUGGUAGUGUUUUCGUUGCCUUUUCGUACUCUCCAGUCUCUUGGUUCUGUUUUUUCCUACGUCCGGUUCUCGCUUGACACUGGCGAAGCGGAAGUCUGUUUCCACUUCUGAGACGCCCCGCGGGCCCCUCUCUAGCCGAGGGCCGGUUCCCGGGAGCCGCGCGUGCACCUCCCUCUCGUCGUCCUCCUCCCGGGGCCAGGCGCGGGGACAGAGAGUCGCCUCCCCAGCUCCUCGGAGCGGAGGCGGCAGUGACACCUAAGGAUUACGUUUGGGGAGGGUGCUUGGGGAGGAGUACAAAAUGUCAAAAAUUAGGAGGAAGGUCACGGUGGAAAAUACCAAGACCAUCUCUGAUAGCACAUCUCGAAGACCCAGUGUAUUUGAGAGGCUUGGACCAAGCACUGGCAGUACAGCAGAGACACAGUGCCGUAACUGGCUGAAGACUGGCAACUGCCUCUAUGGAAACACGUGUAGAUUCGUACAUGGCCCUUCACCUCGUGGUAAAGGUUAUAGCAGCAAUUAUAGAAGGUCCCCAGAAAGACCCACAGGAGAUCUCAGAGAAAGAAUGAAGAACAAGCGCCAAGAUAUGGAUGCUGAACCCCAGAAACGAAAUACUGAGGAGUCAUCCUCACCUGUUAGGAAAGAAUCUUCAAGAGGGAGGCAUAGGGAAAAAGAAGACAUAAAAAUCACCAAGGAGAGAACUCCAGAAAGUGAAGAAGAAAAUGUAGAAUGGGAAACUACUAGAGAUGAUUCUGAUAAUGGAGAUAUUAAUUAUGAUUAUGUUCAUGAGUUGUCAUUGGAAAUGAAGCGUCAGAAGAUUCAGAGGGAAUUGAUGAAAUUGGAACAAGAAAAUAUGGAGAAGAGAGAAGAAAUUAUCAUUAAAAAGGAGGUGUCACCAGAAGUGGUUAGAUCAAAAUUGUCUCCAUCGCCUUCUCUAAGAAAGUCUAGCAAAUCUCCAAAGCGAAAAUCAAGCCCCAAGUCUUCUUCCGCUAGCAAGAAAGAUAGGAAGACAUCCGCAGUAUCUUCUCCCCUAUUGGACCAGCAGAGGAACUCAAAGAACAACCAAAGUAAAAAGAAAGGGCCACGUACUCCUAGUCCCCCCCCUCCUAUACCAGAAGAUAUUGCUCUGGGUAAAAAAUACAAAGAAAAAUAUAAAGUGAAAGACAGGAUAGAAGAAAAACCUAGAGAUGGAAAGGACAGAGGGCGGGAUUUUGAAAGGCAAAGAGAAAAAAGAGAGAAACCAAGAUCUACUUCCCCAUCAGGACAGCAUCACUCUCCUAUAUCUUCUAGACAUCACUCAUCAUCCUCACAAUCGGGAUCAUCUAUUCAAAGACAUUCUCCUUCUCCUCGUCGAAAAAGAACGCCUUCACCAUCUUACCAGCGGACUUUAACUCCAUCUUUACGACGUUCUGCUUCUCCUUAUCCUUCACAUUGCUUGUCUUCUCCUCAGCGAAAGCCAAGUCCUUCAAGACAUCGCUCUCCAAUGAGAGAGAAAGGGAGGCAUGAUCAUGAACGAACUUCACAGUCACACGAUCGGCGUCAUGAAAGGAGGGAAGAGACUAGAGGCAAAAGGGAUAGAGAAAAGGACACAAGAGAAGAACGAGAAUAUGAACAGGAUCAGAGCUCUUCUAGAGACCACAGAGAUGAAAGAGAACCUCGAGAUGGUCGAGACCGUCGUGAUACCAGAGACACUAGAGACCGCAGGGAACUCAGAGACUCCAGAGACAUCCGGGACUCAAGGGAGAUGAGGGAUUAUAGCAGAGAUAGUAAAGAGAGCCGUGAUCCCAGAGAUUCUCGGUCCACUCGUGAUGCCCAUGACUACAGGGACCGUGAAGGUCGAGAUACUCAUCGAAAAGAGGAUACAUAUCAGGAAGAAUCCCGGAGUUAUGGCAGAAAUCACUUAAGAGAAGAAAGUUCUCGUACUGAAAUAAGGAAUGAUUCCAGAAAUGAGUCUCGAAGUGAAAUUAGGAAUGACCGGAUGGGCAGAAGUAGGGGGAGAGGUCCAGAGUUACCUGAAAAGGGAAGUCGAGGCACGAGAGGUUCUCAAAUUGAUAGUCACAGUAGUAGUAGCAACUAUCAUGACAGCUGGGAAACUCGGAGUAGCUAUCCUGAAAGAGAUAGAUAUCUGGAAAGAGACAACAGAGAUCAAGCAAGGGAUUCUUCCUUUGAGAGAAGACAUGGAGAGAGAGAUCGUCGCGACAACAGAGAGAGAGAUCAAAGACCAAGCUCACCAAUUCGACAUCAGGGAAGGAAUGACGAGCUUGAGCGUGAUGAAAGAAGAGAGGAACGAAGAGUAGACAGAGUGGAUGAUAGAAGAGAUGAAAGGGCUAGAGACAGAGAUAGGGAACGAGAACGAGACAGGGAGCGGGAGAGAGAGAGGGAACGUGAACGAGAUCGGGAAAGAGAAAAAGAAAGAGAACUAGAAAGAGAGCGUGCUAGGGAACGGGAGAGAGAAAGAGAAAGAGAAAAGGAGAGAGAACGUGAAAGAGAGAGAGAUCGCGAUCAUGACCGAGAGAGGGAAAGAGAGAGGGAGCGAGACAGGGAAAAAGAACGGGAGCGAGAAAGAGAAGAAAGAGAGAGGGAGAGAGAGCGAGAACGGGAAAGAGAGAGAGAACGGGAACGAGAAAGAGCAAGAGAAAGGGAUAAAGAACGAGAACGUCAGCGGGAUUGGGAAGAAAAGGACAAGGGACGAGAUGACCGUAGAGAAAAGCGAGAAGAUAUUCGAGAAGAUCGCAAUCCGAGAGAUGGACAUGAUGAGAGAAAAUCAAAGAAGCGCUAUAGAAAUGAAGGGAGUCCCAGUCCUCGGCAGUCACCUAAGCGCCGGCGUGAACAUUCUCCUGACAGUGACACUUACAACAGUGGAGAUGAUAAAAAUGAAAAACACAGACUCUUGAGCCAGGUUGUACGACCUCAAGAAUCUCGUUCUCUCAGCCCAUCACACCUCCCUGAAGAUAGGCAGAGUAGAUGGAAAGAAGAAGAUCGUAAACCAGAAAGAAAAGAGAGUUCAAGGCGCUAUGAAGAGCAAGAACUCAAAGAGAAAGUUUCUUCUGUAGAAAAGCAGAGAGAACAGACAGAAAUCUUGGAAAGCUCAAGAGCACGUACACAAGACAUGAUUGGCCACCACCCGUCUGAAGAUCGAGACACAUCUGAUAGAGCUCAUGAGGAAAAUAAGAAAAAAGCAAAACUUCAGAAGAAACCUAUCAAGAAAAAGAAAGAGGAUGAUAUUGGAAUAGAGAGGAGUACCAUUGAGACAACAUCUGAAGAUGGUCAAGUCUUCUCCCCUAAAAAAGGACAGAAGAAGAAAAAUGUUGAAAAAAAACGUAAAAGAUCCAAAGGUGAUUCUGAUAUUUCUGAUGAAGAAGCAACCCAGCAAAAUAAGAAGAAAAGAGGGCCACGAACUCCCCCUAUGACAACCAAAGAGGAUUUAGUUGAAAUUUCCAACGAUAAGGAUGGUAUGCUAGAGGAUCCUCAGAAGAAAGAAGAUACAGCCUUUAGUGACUGGUCUGAUGAGGAUGUGCCUGACCGUACAGAGGUGACAGAAUCAGAGCAUGCUGCCUCUGCUGCUACUCCUGGUAGUACCCCUUCUCCUCUAUCUUCUCUUCUCCCUCCUCCACCUCCUUUGGCUAGUGCCAGUACAGCUGCCUCUGCUGCUCUUGCCUCUACUCCUAUUACUGCUGCUACUGCCUCCUCCGCCUCCAUUUCCACCUCUUCGAACCCCACCAACACUACUAGUGCUACUUUUGCCAAUGAAGAGUCACACAGAAAAUGCCAUAGGACACGAGCAGAAAAAGUAGAGGCACCUCAUGUAACCAUAGAAGAUACACCACAUCGAAAGCCAGUGGAUCAAAAGAGGAGCAGCAGCCUUGGGAGCAAUCGGAGUAAUCGUAGUCACACCUCUGGCCGUCUGCGCUCUCCAUCCAAUGAUUCUGCCCAUAGAAGUGGGGAUGACCAAGGUAGUCGAAAGAGAGUGCUGCAUAGUGGUUCAAGAGAUAGAGAAAAAACAAAAAGUCUAGAAAUCACAGGAGAGAGAAAAUCUAGGAUUGACCAGUUAAAGCGUGGAGAGCCUAGCCGAAGUACUUCUUCAGAUCGCCAGGAUUCAAGAAGCCAUAGUUCAAGAAGAAGUUCUCCUGAGUCAGAUCGGCAAGUCCAUUCAAGAUCUGGGUCUUUUGAUAGCAGAGAUAGGCUUCAAGAAAGAGAUCGAUAUGAGCAUGAUAGAGAGCGGGAGAGAGAGAGGAGGGAUACAAGGCCAAGAGAAUGGGACCGAGAAGCCGAUAAAGACUGGCCACGGAACAGAGAUCGAGAUAGAUUGCGGGAACGCGAGAGAGAGCGAGACAAAAGGAGAGACCUGGACAGGGAAAGAGAGAGACUAAUUCCUGAAUCUGUGGAAAGGGACAGAGAUAGAGAUAGAACUUUUGAGAUUUCUUCUCAGAUAGAGUCUGUGAAACGCAGUGAAGCAAAACUGGAGAGUGAACAUGAAAGAGACCUGGAAGCCGCUUCCCGAGACACUCUAACUUUGGAUAAAGAAAGAAUGGAUAAAGAACUGGGAUCUGUGCAAGGAUUUGAAGAUAUAAAUAAAGCUGAGAGAACUGAGAGUGUGGAAGCAGGAGAUGAUGAAUCCAAGUUAGAUGAUGCACAUUCAUUAGGAUCUGGUGCUGGAGAAGGAUAUGAGCCAAUUAGUGAUGAUGAACUAGAUGAAAUUCUGGCAGGUGAUGCAGAAAAGAGAGAGGACCAACAGGAUGAAGAGAAGAUGCCAGAUCCAUUAGAUGUGAUAGAUGUGGAUUGGUCUGGUCUUAUGCCAAAACAUCCAAAAGAACCACGAGAACCUGGGGCUGCACUCUUAAAAUUCACACCUGGAGCUGUUAUGCUAAGAGUUGGGAUUUCUAAAAAGCUGGCAGGUUCUGAGCUCUUUACCAAAGUCAAAGAAACAUGUCAGAGACUUUUAGAAAAACCCAAAGAUGCAGACAAUCUUUUUGAGCAUGAAUUGGGGGCUCUCAACAUGGCUGCAUUACUACGAAAAGAAGAAAGAGCAAGUCUUCUUAGUGAUCUUGGUCCGUGUUGUAAAGCACUGUGCUUCAGACGGGAUUCAGCAAUACGAAAGCAGCUUGUUAAAAAUGAAAAGGGUACUGUAAAACAAGCUUACACGAAUGAUCCAAUGGUAGACAAUGAAUUAUUACGAUUGAGUCUUCGGUUAUUUAAGCGGAAGACUAUUUGCCAUGCUCCAGGACAUGAAAAGACUGAAGAUAAUAAACUAUCACAGUCCAAUAUCCAACAGGAACUGUGUGUGUCUUAAGACUGAACUUCAGUAUGACAUUUGGUACUAUCUUCCUUCAGCAGUACAUAUUCUUUUUCAAAGUUCUUUGGUUUGACAAACAUUAUUAGUGACAGAGGCAGAAAAGAUUUAUCAGCCAUGAAGUAAAGAAGAACUUUGACCUUUAGAGACACUAGUUUUGGCUAACUUAAGAUUUUACAUUAAUUUUUAUACAGUACUUGAACUCAUGCAGAAUAAUGUGAAAGCAUCUAGAUUUAGUAGUCUGUACCUUUUGUUAAAACUGAAGAUUUUGGAAAACGGUCGUCACUGGUCUUCCAGCUUAUGAAUAUUUUUUAUGAAAUGGAACCACUGAUUUAUAUUCUGGAUCAUCUAUACAGAAACUAUGAUUUUAUCAGAAACAAUGUUCAUCAAAGUAAUUGCACACAUUGUGCAACACCAUGUCGUACAGAACAUUUGAAAGGGAAUGCUGGUCUAGCAUAGUGUGUUUAUAGACAAAUCUUUAGCAGGAGGAGGAAGCCAAUUUUUUUUUUUUCCUUUUAAAAGUUCUAGAAGAAUUACUUCAUGGGUCUUUGAUUUUUUUAAUAUGUGUGCAUUGUUUGAGUGUAUAUUGGGUGUCCUUGUAUUCUGAAUGGUUUUUGUUGUUAUUCGUUUUCAGAGACUGUGUAUUAUUUUUAUUUUUAAUAAAUGUACCUUACCUUUUCUUGUUAUAGAUUUACUUUGCUCUUCAUUAAUCUUAUUCCUAAUGUUCUAAACAUUUAUCAUCAACAUUACAACUUUGUGCUUCAAAUAUUUUUCUGCUUGUGUCAUUAUUGGACAUUUGGGCAUAGUAUGAUAAGGUUUGAGGAUGUACUUCAAAUAUUGCUAGUACCCCUUGAAGCAAAGAGUAGUUCAUAGGCUUAAAAACCAACCAUUAUAUUCUUCAAUACUAUAACCUUUAACCCAUUAUGUCCCAUCAUCAUUUAUAUUGGACACUUAUAAAAACCUAUAAAAUCUUAUAGGAUACGUAUAAAAUAGAACAAUGUAAGUUUUUAUAGGCAUUCAAUAUAUAGGAUGAUGAGACAUAAUGGGUUAAUGAUGUUAAACUGCCUCUAUACUAUGUAAAAUGGAUUUACUUUUUUUAAAACUACAGCAUACCUUCUUUGUUCUCUGUACAAGCUUAACUCAUGAAGUGGAAUCUUAAAAGGAUUUGAAAUGAAUUGGUAGCAGCAAAAUUUGUGGGCAGACAGUAGUAAUAGUAAUAAUAAUAAAGAAAACCAAUAUAAAGUUUUAAUUUGAUCAUGUCCUUUCACAGAUUUUUGUCAGAACUGUAAGCCCAUAUUAACCUGUCUCAGUAGUUUUUGUAUCCUCUAUAAAAGUUAUUUAAUGAUACCAGUGUGAAUUUUUUGUUCAUUUCAUGUUCAAGAAACACUUAUUAACAGCUAAUUUAUACAAGGUGCCCAAC